AUGGCUGGUAAUGAAUAUGGUGGUUACAGUUACAAGUUUGUUGAUGCUGAUCUUCCUGAGAAGUAUAACUGUGCUAUAUGUACGUUUGUAGCCCGUGAUCCACAGCAGGUUAUCUGUUGCUCACAUAUAUAUUGUAGCAGCUGUCUGCUAAAGCACAAACAGAAAUCUGGAUCAUUAUUUAACUGCCCUAGCUGUCGUGAGCCUCUUGAUGGCAGGUAUUUUCCUGAUGGAAGGAUUCAGCGAGAGAUAAAGGAGCUAAGAAUCUAUUGUCCUAAUGAUGAGUGCCAAUGGAAAGGAAUCAUUAAGGACAUAGAGACUCAUAUUACUGAAUGUCCAUACCAGAGUAUUGAGUGCACUAAUGGCUGUGGAGAGAACCUGCAAAGAAUGAAAAUGGAGACACAUGUAUCCGAGGAAUGUCUUAAGCGUAUUGUUACUUGUACACAUUGUGAAGAGACUGGUGUUCAUGAAAUAAUAUCUACCAAUGCUCACUUAGACGUGUGUCCUUUCUUUCCGAUUAAAUGCACUAAUGAUGAAUGUGAUGUAAUUUCUCCUCGUAAUAAGUUAUCAGUACACAAAAGGACUUGUCCUAAGUCUAUUGUCACAUGUGAGUACAGCCAGUGUUGGCUGUUCUAA